AAUGUCAAAAUAAUUUUCCCUUCCUAUUUCAGUUUUUUCGCUUUUCGGUACAUAAAUUUUAAAUUAAAAUUUAAAUUUGUUUUUGUUCAGUUAUCUGUCAAAUAAAAUAUACAGCUGAUAAAAAUUGUUUAUUACUGAAUUAAUCUGGCGUGUGCAAAUUUCUUAUCAGUUGGAACUGUAAACACAACGUACCUUAUAGGUUAAGUCAAAAUAAAAUAAUGACUGAAAAGGAAAAAAUUGAAUACAUUAAAAGCCGCAUUGGUUCUUAUCCAGAUUUUCCAAAAAAGGGUAUUAUAUUUCGUGAUAUCUUUUCUGCCCUGACUGAUGGGAAAGUAUGUCAAUACCUAAAAGAAAUUGUUGUUGAUUACAUUAAAAGAUGCCAUCCAGAAGUGGAACUAAUAGUUGGGCUUGAAUCACGUGGCUUCCUAUUUAAUAUGAUGAUAGCAGCUGAAUUGGGAAUUGGUUGUGCGCCAGUGAGAAAAAAGGGAAAACUGCCUGGAGAACUUGUUUCAGUAGAAUAUACACUUGAAUAUGGCACAGAUGUCUUCGAAAUGCAAACUACAGCCAUCCAAAAAUGUCAGAAAGUCUUGAUUAUAGAUGAUUUGUUAGCUACGGGCGGCUCAUUGGAUGCUGCUAUACAACUGGUGCAAAAAGCAGGAGGCGAGGUUGUUGCAUGUGUAGUUAUUCUGGAACUUGUAGAUUUAAAUGGUCGUAAAAAAUUAAAUACCGAUGUACAUUCCUUUAUUGAAUACUGUGGAGAUUAGUUAGAAAACGAUACAUGGAAUUCUUUCUGCAUUUAUAUAACGAAACAUAAUCCAGACAUUUUUGCCUCUCUUUUAAUUGUAAAUACUAAACACAAACAAUUUUAAAAUUUUACACAAACAACAAAAUCUAUAUAAAAUAUAUAUUUUGGUAACAGGUAUACUAAUAAGUGUCUAUUUUUGUUAUUUGUUAAUGGUUGAAAAUUUUGAUAAUAAAUUUUUUUUAAAGAUGAUAU